AUGUACAUGCUACUUCAGCUCCUCCUCGGUGGUGAAGGUGGACUCCCAGAUGGAGCCAGAAGGUUCUGCCGGCUCGUCCGCCCCGCUGCCGGCCGAAGAGCGGUUUCUCGACGCCUCUCUGAUCUUCGUUCUCUCCUCGCCCACCUUGGCCCACACGUCGAUAAACUCCUGCUCCUUCUCCAAGCCCCACAGCAUGUUGGACGAGGCGAAAACGGCGCCGUACAUGGCCAGCUCCUCCUUGGCCACCGCAGACUCCAUCUCCUCGGCCAUGCGCAACUGGUAGAACUCGAAACGGGCCUGGUCGUAGGCGUCGAAAAGCGUUUUUUCCUCGCCCAGCUUCUUGGCGUCUUGCAAAAGCCACAACGUUCUCUGCACCACGCUCUCGCCGUCCAACGGCUUGUGGAACUGGAGCAUAUGCGACCAGUCGCACUUCAGCUGCUCGGCGCCGUCGUUCUCCACCAAAACUUUGGGCCGGGCAAACUCCCACGGAUGCUGGUGGUAGAACACGUCUCGCAACUGGUCCUCGAGAAAGGCCAACUUGGGAAUGCGGCUCACGCUGUUGUUUUGCUGCUGGCGCUCGGCCCGGUUGGCCCGCGUCUUGAACCGCCCGUCUUUCUUCUCGAACAUCUGGCUGAAGGGGUCUUGGCGCUGGUUGAACUGGAGAUUCACGGGUUUUUUCGUCAAGUCGGUCGCUGGCGGGAACGCGGCUACGGCAUUGUACCACGACGGCUUGUUUCGGAUCACGCCCGCCUUGAGAUAGUGCGACGUUCUUUCAAGAACGCCGGCGGCUCUGGUUUGGAUUUUCAUGUGGCUGAAGAAGGUGGUUUUUUUUUCGCUCGGGCUUUCAGAUGGUCGCGUGGUCACGUGAGGAGGUCGAGGUGGUGGUUCUGCUGCUUUUCUGUUUUUGUUCUGUUGGUAGUUUUCGUUGUUAUUUCGUCUUGUCUGUGUCGUUUGGGUUUGUUUUCUGGUGUCGCUUGGUUCUCUAUGUGUCUGUCUCAUCUCUUUCCUUGUUUUCCAUCUUGUUCUAGUAUUGUGCGAAUCAAGCUAUGUCGCAUACAAUACUUCAGCGAAUGCGCCAUGUUCGAGCCAAUGCAAACUGAAAAUGAACAAGCAGGAAUUCGUAUUUUCUGUCUUUGUGGAUGUCAGAGGCUGGAAGGAUACUUUAGUGAGAAAUUGUGGGCCUGA